GACUGCGAGAAAAAUGUAGGGUUUGCGACGAAGGAAGCGACAGAGGGGAGGGAGAAAGAUCGAUGCGGCCGCGGCGGGGAGGGCGGGGAAUGCGUAGCUGAAAGCUCCCAUCGGAUCGCUCUUCUUGCGGGGAAUUCGGGGUCUUUGUCGCCAGGAAUUGGCUCCAUGCACGUAGAUCUCGCGGGCAAGCACGGCAUGGAGUUGGCGAUCCGGCAGCAGCAGCGCGGCAGCCGCGAUCAGUGAGAAUUUCCCCUCCGGGAGGGGGGCCGGGAGAGCGUUUUCUCUUUGAUCAAUGGACGCUAGCCAUCCCGCAGUGUAUCCUGUAGGAGUGCCUCCAACAGCCGUCGAUCCACCUCCACGAGUGCGCAUGAAGGACUACGAGGGAAUGCCCAGUACUUUGGGUGGCCUUGUGCUGCGAUCUGGCCAGUUUGCUUGCGCAGUCACGGCCUUGAGCAUCAUGAUCUCCAUUCCAGAUUUCUCGUCGGUCACAGCCUUCUGCUAUCUAGUCGCAGCAAUGGCAUUGCAAUUGUUGUGGAGCGUGAGCCUCGCAGUCGUGGACGGAUACGCUCUACUUUUGAGAAGAACUCUCCACAAUCCAGUGCUUUUGAGCCUUCUUGUUAUUGGAGACUGGGUCACCUCCACCCUCAGUCUCGCAGCUGCGUGCUCCUCGGCCGGUAUCACUGUUUUGAUCGACAGCGAUCUUGCACAGUGCGCUCACAAUCACUGUGGAAGGUAUGAAGCAGCGGUGGCCAUGGCAUUUUUGACUUGGUUCUUGGUCUCGCUCUCGUUCUUCUUUUCGUUUUGGUUGCUCGCAACAAGGUAGAGACAAACGCAAAAAAAGGACUAAAAAAGAGAGAGUGAGAGAGAGAGAGAGAGAGAGAGAACUCAAAGUUGGCACUCGAUGUAAAGACCAGACCACAAAGUGUAAAUUGGCUUUUUGUCAAGUAGAAAAGAUUAUCCUAACGAAACUUUGAGAACACAUUAGCUUGC